GAGAGCAGAGUAUACCGCAGACAUCAUUUCUACUACAGUGGCGGAGCCGUACAGGACCUGUUUCACUGCAGGGGGAUCCAAAACAAGCCCCUUGGAGCAGCAGCCAGAGCUACAGCAGCCGCAAGACACUGUUUCUCUCCCUCUGCCCCCCCUUCCCCACGCCACCCCAGAUCCAUUUACACUUUACAGAGCAUCGUGCAGCAAGUCACCAGGGUGGUCCAUUCAAACUGCAGACUUGUUCGUCAUCCUUGUACAGCAGUCUCCUCUCUGGCCACCACAGGGAAGUGCAUCACACAUCAGCAUAUCGGAGCAAAAUGAAAGAGUUUAUUUUGAGGCCUCCAAAGUAGUGCUGCUACAGACCAUGAGCAAGAGAGAAAGCGUGGACUUCAGCCUGCAUGAAUGGUCUUGAAACACAAGUGGUUCUGGGUCUAGGCAUUUUACACUGAGUUUUCUACCACCACCCUUUCUACUCAAGCAAAAUCCGAGUGAAAAGAUCUGCUGGGAAGGAGCUGACUGCUUCUGUUUCUCCAUUGUGAUGAAAGCACAUGGUACAGCCCCACCUGAAGGAGGAGUGGGCUGGGGGCUCCAGCAGAGCACGGUUACUUACUCCAGCUCUGACACCCAUAUCCUGUUCCGUAUCGUUCACGCUGGACAGGCAGUUUUCCAAAGAAAUUAGUUCAUUUCUGGGUGCAGAGAAACCAGUCUGCUGUCUUCGUAGGGUUUUUCUCACUUCUCUGUGAAAGGAGGAAAGAACACACCGCCCAAGCCCAGACACACUGCAGCUUCUCGUGGGAAGUGCCCAUGGUGAAGGAAGGCUGGGGCACCCAGUGAACAGCGCACAGUGAAUGUUAUUCCAGAGCUGCAGCUGGCGGAUCGCACCCACGGGGAGAUGAUUCCUCAUGAAGAGCCUGGAUCCCCCACAGAAAUCAAAUGUGACUUUCCGUUUAUCAGACUAAAAUCAGAACCAGCCAGGCAGUGAAACAGUCACCGUGGAGGGGGGACGGCGAAAAAUGAAAUCCAACCAAGAGCGGAGCAACGAAUGCCUGCCUCCCAAGAAGCGCGAGAUCCCCGCCACCAGCCGGCCUUCCGAGGAGAAGGCCACGGUCCUGCCCAGCGACAACCACCGGGCCGAGGGCGUGGCAUGGCUCCCGGGCAACCCUGGUGGCCGAGGUCUCGGGGGUGGGAGGCAGGGCCCUUCGGGGACCUCGGUGGAGCUUGGUUUACAACAGGGAAUAGGUUUACACAAAGCGCUGUCCACGGGGCUGGACUACUCCCCACCCAGCGCGCCCAGGUCUGUGCCAGCGACCACCACGCUGCCCACGGUGUACCCUCCCCCGCAGUCAGGGACUCCGGUGUCGCCUGUGCAGUACACUCACCUGCCGCACACUUUCCAGUUCAUUGGGUCCUCCCAGUACAGCGGGCCCUACGCAGGGUUUAUCCCUCCGCAGCUGAUCUCCCCGACGGCCAGCCCUGCCACCAGUGCGGUGGCCUCUGCCGGGGGUGCCGCUACUCCAUCCCAGCGCUCCCAGCUGGAGGCCUAUUCCACUCUGCUGGCCAACAUGGGCAGUCUGAGCCAAGCCUCAGGACACAAAGCUGAGCAGCAGCAGCAGCAGCAGCACUUAGGCAGGACUCCAGGGCUCAUGGCACCAGGGUCCCCACCACCCACCCCGCAGAACCAGUACGUCCACAUUGCCAGCUCUCCGCAGAAUGCGGGGCGCACAGCCUCUCCUCCGGCCAUCCCCGUCCACCUCCACCCCCACCAGACGAUGAUCCCACACACCAUCACCCUGGGUCCCUCCCCCCAGGUCGUAGUGCAAUACACAGACUCUGGCAGCCACUUUGUCACUCGGGAGGCCACCAAGAAAGCCGAGAGCAGCAGGCUGCAGCAGGCCAUGCAGGCCAAGGAGAUCCUGAACGGGGAGAUGGAGAAGGGCCGGAGGUAUGGGGCUCCCACCUCGGCCGACCUGGGCCUGGUGAAGGCCAGCAGCAAGUCAGCGCCUCACCCCUACGAGUCCAGGCACAUGGUUGUCCACCCCAGCCCCGCCGACUAUGGCAGCCGUGACUCCGCAGGCGUCCGGGCCUCUGUGAUGGUCCUGCCCAACAGCAGCACCCCUGUCUCCGACCUGGAAGCGCAGCAGGCCGCGCACCGUGAGGCCUCCCCCUCCACCCUCAACGACAAAAGUGGCCUGCAUCUAGGGAAGCCCGGGCACCGGUCCUACGCACUCUCGCCCCAACAGGCCCUGGGCCCCGACGGCGUGAAGGCCGCCACCGUUGCCACACUGUCACCACACACGGUCAUUCAGACCACACAUAGCGCUUCGGAGCCACUCCCAGUUGGACUGCCAGCCACAGCCUUCUACGCAGGGACUCAGCCGCCUGUCAUUGGCUACCUGAGCGGCCAGCAGCAAGCGAUCACCUACGCGGGCAGCCUGCCCCAGCACCUGGUCAUCCCGGGUACCCAGCCCCUGCUCAUCCCGGUUGGCAGUGCUGAUGUGGAGGGGUCCGGGGCAGCCUCUGCGAUAGCCACGUCGUCGCCCCAGUUUGCAGCAGUGCCUCACACCUUCGUCACCACCGCCCUUCCCAAGAGCGAGAGCUUCAGCCCAGAGGCCCUGGUCACCCAGGCCGCCUACCCAGCCAUGGUGCAGGCGCAGAUCCACCUGCCCGUGGUGCAGUCAGUGGCGUCCCCAGCGGCGGCUCCCCCAACGCUGCCCCCCUACUUCAUGAAAGGCUCCAUCAUCCAGUUGGCCAACGGGGAGCUGAAGAAGGUGGAGGACUUGAAAACGGAAGACUUCAUCCAGAGCGCAGAGAUCAGCAACGACCUGAAGAUCGACUCCAGCACCGUGGAGAGGAUCGAAGACGGCCACGGCCCGGGCGUCGCUGUGAUCCAGUUCGCUGUCGGGGAGCACCGGGCACAGGUCAGCGUGGAAGUUUUGGUAGAGUAUCCUUUUUUUGUGUUUGGACAGGGCUGGUCAUCCUGCUGUCCAGAGAGAACCAGCCAACUCUUUGAUUUGCCGUGUUCCAAACUCUCCGUUGGGGAUGUCUGCAUCUCGCUGACCCUCAAGAACCUGAAGAACGGCUCUGUUAAAAAGGGCCAGUCUGUGGAUCCUGCCAGCGUCCUGCUGAAGCACUCAAAGACCGACACCCUCGCGGGCAGUAGACACAGGUACGCAGAGCAGGAGAACGGAAUCAAUCAGGGAAGUGCCCAGAUGCUCUCUGAGAAUGGUGAACUGAAGUUUCCAGAAAAAAUAGGAUUGCCUGCAGCGCCCUUGCUCACCAAAAUAGAACCCAGCAAGCCCGCAACAACGAGGAAGAGGAGGUGGUCGGCACCGGAGACCCGCAAACUGGAGAAGUCGGAAGACGAGCCACCUUUGACUCUUCCUAAGCCUUCUCUAAUUCCUCAGGAGGUUAAGAUUUGCAUUGAAGGCCGGUCUAAUGUAGGCAAGUAGAAGCAGUGUGGGAAAAGGAAAUUCGGCUCUCCCUUAUCAUUUGUAUCCAGAUUACUGUACUGUAGGCUAAAUAACACAGUAUUUACAUGUUAUCCUCUUCCUUUAGGUUUCUGUUAUAACCUUGUCAUUAGAGUUACAGCUGGUGUUGCGCAGGAGACGGGUGCAUAUGCUUUUUCUGAUUGUCAGUGGGCAAGUGGGGAGCUAGAACAGGGCCAGUCCAGGCACCAGGCAUCCUGGUGGAAAUGAAUGUGGCUUUAGAGAGCCUGCCUCUUCAAGCCGCACAGAAGCAUCCACUGGGCGCGACUUCUGCUGGUUUCCCGAGGAAGUUUGGAGGGAAGGGAAUUGCAGGGGGUGCGUGUGUGCGGGGCUGCAGGGGUGCCACAACAAGUGAGGGUCUUUUUCUCUCUGCCUCCCCGUCUCACUCUUGCUCUCAGCACGGGAUUGGAGGUCCAGAGACAUGUCCUCAGGAGGUCUCAUGUGCAAAAUAAAUAUCAGGGACCCAGCUUCAGGGCACCCUAGAAAGAUAUCGACAGCAGAUGGAAAGAGAACCCUGUAAAAGAACAUUUCUCCCUCCGACAUAUUUUACAAUAAAAGCAACUUUUAAUCAUAUAGAUAUAUAUUUCCCCCUAUGGGGCCUGACUGCACUGAUUUUUUUUUUAAGAGCAACUGCCACACGUGGGAUUUCGUUUGUGCUUCACUAGAGCAGUGAUGUCUCCAGGGUGUCUGGUGGGCGGCGUGCUCCGCGUCAGGGGGGUGGGCAGCAGGGUGGAGAGCAAACACCCACUCUGGUUUCCGUGCAGUGUUAGGAAAACCAAUCAGGUUAUCACAUUGACUUCUCUCCCAAGAGGUAGACACGAACUGCCCUUCAGAGAGCACUGGAAGCUCUUCACAUUGGGUUUGCAAAUCUUUUGUCUUUUAACUCUAGUACUGUUUAUAGUUUAUGACUAUGGACAACUCGGGUGCCACUUUUUUCAGAUUCCAGUGUGACGUGAGGAAUUAGAUUUUGAAGACAAGCAUAUAUAUUACUAUCUCUAAGCACUUAAAAUGCUGUUCACACUUUAUUACCAAGCAUCUUGGUCUAUCAUUCAACAAGUACUGUAUCUCACUUUAAAGUCUUUGGGAAGAAAAACAAACUAAGUUGCUUUCUUUUUUCAACACUGUAACUACAUUUCAGCUCUGCAGAGUUUCUCGCGUCAAGAUUUUGAAAGUUUCAAUGUGGUGUAACAGGAUGAAUGUGAAUUCUGAACUAGUGUGUGACAAGGAACGACCACCAAGGACAGCCUGGCAGGAAGGCACUUCUCACUUUGAUGUUUUGAGAAUGAAUCAAAGGCAUAUGCAGAGCUGGCAGAGAAACUGAGAGAAAAGGGAUGGAAAGAAAAAAUACUCAUUUUUGUCCAGUGUUUUUCUUUUUAAGAUGAACUUUUAAAGAACCUUGCGAUUUGCACAUCUUGAGUUUAUAAUUUGUGUGAUAUUCCUGCAGUUCUUAUCCAAUAACAUUGUGGGAAAGGUUUGGGGGACUGAACGAGCAUAAAUAAAUGUAGCAAAAUUACUUUCUAA